AUGACCGAAGUUGACAAACAACGGGGCAGUCCGACCCCGCCGGAGAGAGCGAGGAGGCUGGAGAGGGAGCGCGCUGGCUGCCUUGAAAGGGCUGAGCCGCACGCCUGCACCGGGUCCCUCGGCCCCGCUCUGUGCGCCUUUGAUGUGCGGAUCUCUCCGGCUGCGCGCUCACGGGGCGGGGAGCUGGCGUUCUGUUCCCGUGCGGCGGCGGCGCGCCCCCCCCCCUCUGCCAGCGCUCGGAAGCUGGGGGGGGGGCGCAGUCAGCCACACGCUGAAGUUUCCUUUCAAGGUUUUCAUCUGAGCGGGACAGUGACGGAGCCAGCUUCCCAGUCGGAGCCCGAAACCACCUACAAAGUAGCCAUCAGCUUCGACCGCUGCAAGAUCACUUCGGUCACCUGUGGCUGCGGGAACAAGGACAUUUUCUACUGCGCCCAUGUGGUGGCGCUCUCCCUGUACCGGAUCCGAAAGCCAGACUCGGUCAAACUGCGUCUUCCCAUCUCAGAGACCCUUUUCCAAAUGAACAGGGACCAGCUGCAAAAAUUUGUACAGUAUCUGAUCACGGCACACCACACAGAGGUUCUUCCUACUGCACAGAAACUGGCCGACGAGAUUCUGUCGUCCAACUCGGAAAUCAAUCAAGUCCACGGGGCCCCCGACCCUACGGCAGGGGCCAGCAUCGACGACGAGAACUGCUGGCACCUGGACGAGGAACAGGUGCGCGAGCAGGUGAAGCAGUUCCUCUCCCAGGGAGGCUACUACGGCACAGGGAAGCAGCUCAACUCCAUGUUCGCCAAGGUGCGAGAGAUGUUAAGGAUGAGGGAUUCAAACGGUGCCCGGAUGUUGACCUUAAUAACGGAGCAGUUCAUGGCAGACCCACGUCUGUCUCUAUGGAGACAACAGGGAACAGGCAUGACUGAUAAAUGCAGGCAGCUGUGGGAUGAGUUAGGUGCAUUGUGGGUGUGCAUUGUCCUGAACCCCCACUGCAAGAGCGAGGAGAAGGCCUGCUGGCUCCGGCAGCUGAAGAAGUGGGGCGACAUGGACGUGUGCCCCCUGGAGGACGGCAACUACGGCAGCGAGCUCCCCAACAUCACCAACGCCCUGCCGCAGAGCUCCAACCUCAGCCAGGAUUCCCUGGCCAGGCCGAGGAGGACGGUGUUCACCCGAGCGAUGGAGGCCUGCGACCUGCACUGGCAGGACAGCCACCUCCAGAGGAUAAUCAGCAGCGACUUCUACAUGUCCCCGGCCUACCAGCGAGAGGGAGAGAGCCUGCUCUUCAACUCCCAGGGGCUCCCGCUGUGGCUCGACCACGUGCCCACGGCCUGCGCGCGGGUGGACGCCCUGCGCUCCCACGGCUACCCCCGGGAGGCGCUGCGCCUGGCCGUCGCCAUCAUCAACACGCUGCGCCUGCAGCAGCAGCGCCAGCUGGACAUCUACAAGCACCAGAAGAAAGAGCUGCUGCAGAGAGGCGUGACGACGACCACCAAUCUUGAGGGCUGGGUGGGGCACCCUCUGGACCCCAUUGGCUGCCUGUUCGGCACUCUGACUGAAGCUUGCCGCCUGGAGGAUGACACUUCCAUGGAUACAGGAGACUCGGGCGAGCCCAAGCCACCAGUUUAUCACCACGUGCCGGUGUGGGGGUGCCAGGACAGCGGGGAGUCGUACCUGGCGCUGGCCCUGGAGGUGGCGCUCAUGGGCAUGGGCCAGCAGCGGGUGAUGCCCGAGGGCCUGUACGCCCAGGACAAGGUGUGUCGGAACGAGGAGCAGAUCAUCGCCCGCCUGCAGGAGCUGGAACUGGACGAGGUGCUGGUGCAGACCCUGCGCAAGCAGUCCAUUCUCCUGCUGGAGGGUGGCCCGUUCAGUGGGUUAGGAGAGGUGAUCCACAGAGAGAGUGUGCCCAUGCACACCUUCGCCAAGUACCUCUUCUCUGCCCUGCUGCCACACGACACUGACCUGGCCUACAAACUGGCCCUGCGUGCCAUGAGACUCCCUGUGUUGGAGUCGACAGCCCCCUCAGGAGAUGUGAGCCACCCACACCAUGGCAUCUCCAUCGUGCCCAGCCGCUACCCACGCUGGUUCACCCUGGGCCACCUGGAGUCCCAGCAGUGUGAGCUGGCAUCAACCAUGCUAACCGCUGCUAAAGGAGAUAUGCUUCGGUUGCGAACGGUGCUGGAGGCCAUUCAGAAGAACAUCCACUCCUCCUCCCUCAUCUUCAAGCUGGCUCAGGACGCCUUCAAGAUCGCGACGCCCGCAGACAGCCCCCCAGACAUCACCCUGCUCAACGUGGCCCUGGAGCUGGGACUGCAGGUGAUGCGGAUGACGCUGUCCACUCUGAACUGGAGGCGCAGAGAGAUGGUGCGCUGGCUCGUCACCUGUGCCACUGAAGUCGGUCUGAGGGCACUGGUGAGUAUCCUCCAGAGCUGGUACACGCUCUUUACCCCCACCGAGGCCACCAGCAUCGUGGCGGCCACGGUCAUGUCCCACAAUACCAUUCUGCGGCUCAGCCUGGACUACCCCCAGCGGGAGGAGCUGGCCAGCUGCGCGCGGACCCUAGCCCUGCAGUGUGCCAUGAAGGACCCGCAGAACUGUGCCCUCUCGGCGCUCACGCUGUGCGAGAAGGACCACAUCGCCUUCGAGACGGCCUACCAGAUCGUCAUCGACGCCGCCUCCACGGGAAUGACCUACUCCCAGCUCUUCACCAUCGCCCGCUACAUGGAGCACCGGGGCUACCCGCUGCGGGCCUUCAAGCUGGCCUCGCUGGCGAUGACCCACCUCAACCUGGCCUACAACCAGGACACGCACCCCGCCAUCAACGACGUGCUGUGGGCCUGCGCGCUCAGCCACUCGCUCGGCAAGAACGAGCUGGCCGCCAUCAUCCCCCUGGUGGUGAAGAGCGUGCACUGCGCCACCGUGCUGUCGGACAUCCUGCGCCGCUGCACCAUGACCGCUCCGGGGCUGGCGGGCAUCCCGGGGCGCCGGAAUUCUGGGAAGCUCAUGUCCACAGACAAAGCCCCCCUGCGGCAGCUGCUGGACGCCACUAUCAGCGCUUACAUCAACACCACCCACUCCCGCCUGACGCACAUCAGCCCCCGGCACUACGGGGAGUUCAUCGAGUUCCUCAGCAAGGCCCGGGAGACCUUCCUGCUCGCCCAAGACGGACACAUCCAGUUUGCCCAGUUCAUAGACAACCUCAAACAGAUCUACAAGGGCAAGAAAAAACUCAUGAUGCUGGUGAGGGAGCGCUUUGGAUGACUAUGCCAAGGCACAUAACAGGAGACAGCUGUAGUUAUUGUUCUUCUUUUUUUUAAUUGUUACUUGUCUUUUUUUUUUCUCCCCCUUGUUUUCUUUCCGUUUCCGUGGUUUUUGAGCAGGCAUCAUAACGCAAUGUGGUUCUGCCGGGUUGGAAAUUGUGAGGAGGGGGGGAACCUCAAACAUCUUACGUGGAAAAAAAAUAACGGAGGUGGACGUUCAUUUUUUUCCCCCAGAGUUUCGUUCUGUCACACAAAUUUCACGAUCGUGUAGAAGUGGCACGUAAAAACCAAAUUCUGAGCCAGGUUGUACUCUCCUUUGCAGCAGGUAGUGGUUAAGAAGUUCUUGAAAAUCAAUGUCGUACCAAAAUGCUGGCUGCAGAGUGUUAUACCUCUUUCUUAUUCCAAGGAUCAGCUUUAAACCUUACAAAAGGCCUGGUUGACAGUGUGGAAUACAGAGCAGGGAUUGAACGACGAUCUGCAACACUAACCUCUCUUGAGCACCACCAAAUCCAUCCAGCAAGAGCAGCAGCACUGCUUCUCAGUCACGGCUUACUGACACUCUUCUUUUAAGCCUUUUUUUAAUUGUAUUUAUUCUGUUGUAGGUCGUAUUUUUUUAAUGAAGGUACUUUUCAAAAGAAAAAAGGAAGAAAAACAGAAUGACGGAGUGAAAGGAAAUACUAAAAGUCCAUUCUCAGGGAUUGCUUUAAAAAAAAAAACAAGACAAAAUAGUAGCAAAAGCAUUUAUGAAAUUGUAUAUAUAAAAGUGUCAAUUAAAAAAUGUAAAGUUAUAAUUAUUUAUGAUAAUCGUAUGUUUUUUUUUUGGAUACUUGAAUUUGUUGUGGGCUGGGAAUGUUGGAACAUUAAGAGGAAAGACGUAAGGAAAAAAAAAACAUUUCUCAGGUGCUCCUGUGUUUCAUUUUUAUUUUUUGGUAUUUUUUUUUCUUAAUUUUGCAAUGUUGUUGUGCAAGAGGAAGCUUGUAAUAUAGAAAUCGAAAAAGGAGAGAACAACAAAGCACCAGACUAUGCAGAACCACUGAGUCAUUGAAUCUGCCCCUCCACCUCGCUCCCUCCCUCUCUCUCGGGAGGAGGAGGAGGAGGACGAAGGAGGCUGACCCCGUGCCCAGGCACCAUGUGGAAGAUGGACAGCAUGUCAAGGUGUAUAUCUGUAUGCACGACCCACUCAUGCUGUGCGUUUGGACUCUGCCUUUGCCAGAGAGGUGUAAAAUUCUUCUUCUUUUUUUUUUUGGACUUUUAGCCUUAGCAUUUUAUUAAAAUAUAUAAAAUAUAUAUUAUUGUAGAUAUGACUUGCCUUUUUAAGUUCUCUUUCUGGUUUUAAGAGAACUGGGAUUUCACAGAAAGAAGAAACCUCUAAGAAACAGAUGAGCCAGUAGAGUUGUUGGGCUAUAGAGGUGGAGUCUUUUGUGCCCUCUCACUUCCUGCCUUUACUCAUCUCUCUGCCACUCCACACACCUGUAGCACAAACCUUGGGCCGCACAUUAGGAAAGGGCAGUGUCCCGUUUCUAGAUACAAGUUUCUCUCGGGGGGUGAUAAUGGCAUGAGAUCGUGCAAGCCUUUUUCCAAGUUUGUUGUUUGCAUUUCUUAUACGGUUCAGCUGAAAUCCAGGUUACAGAAAUCGCAAGCUAAACUUCACAGCAGGAAUCAUGCAGCAGCGAUCGGGUAGAUCCGAGUUCCUAGUCCCGUCCCCCUGUUUUGUAACACGUAUGUUUCUACCGGGAGCUGUGGAACAGCGAACAGCGAUAUGUGCCCCUGGAACCCCCUGGUUUAAGGGUUUCAGCAGUCGAGCCUAAUCUUAAGUCAUUUACACAGAUGUAGCAACUUGUCUCGGGAAGAACAGGAGUACUUCAAUUAGGACAAGAGGGGCUGAAAACGUUUUGUGUUGAGCUGCUGUUCAACUGCUGUUCCCUGAGUCAGCUGCAGUACGGCGAUGUUUAAACAUUGAGGUCAGUCCCAACUGCAUUUUCUCCCUGCUUCCUGUCAUAUAGUUAAACUAUAGUUGGUCCAACUGCAUUGCAAGAAGAGGAGGAUUUUUUUAUUUGAUCACUUCCCCCUACUUUGUUUUUACUAUUCCUCCCACACCCCAAGUGUUGAUGUGUUAACUGUACCAGUGUUUUGAUCUGUCCUAGAUUUUAGAAGGAAAGAAAAAAUAAAUAAAAAGCGCUGGUAGAGAAUGUUGACUAGUUUUAUCUACUGUUUAGAUUUUAAUUUAAGAGAAAGUGUUUGUCGCCUCUUUGUGCUACUGAAAAUAAAGGAAGGUAUCCAGUAUUUGUUGCCACAGAAGUAUCGUUCAUCAACAAUUUUUUUUUGUGCAACCUCUUGAGCUAAUGUCUAUGAAACAAAAAUUUAUUACUAUUUAUGUAAUGCUACUACCAUUUUAUAUGAUUUGUGUUGAAAUUUCAGUGCUUUUCUAUGAAUAAAGUGUGAAACACAGA